AUGCUCUCUCUCUCUCUCUCUCUCUCUCUCUCUCUCUCUCUCUCUCUCUCUCUCUCUCUCUCUCUCUCCCUCUCUCUCUGUCUCUCUCUGUCUCUCUCUCUCUCUCUCUCUCUCUCUCUCUCUCUCUCUCUCUCUCUCUCUCUCUCUCUGUCUCUCUCUGUCUCUCUCUGUCUCUCUCUCUCUCUCUCUCUCUCUCUCUCUCUCUCUCACUUACUCUCUCUCUCUCUCUCUCUCUCUCUCUCUCUCUCUCUCUUGCUCUCACUUACUCUCUCUCUCUUGCUCUCCCGGAGGCACGGUGCCAGUGAAGAGACGUUGAUACGGUCCGAAUUUCCCGACUUAACGCUGGUGCAUGGCUUCCCCGUCACCGAUCCCAGCCCAGAAUCGCCCAUCGCAAUCAUGCGUGGACCCAACGAGUUCCUGCUCAUCGGCGAUGAGGUGCAGCGUGCUCGAACAUUGCUGGAGCCCUUUUUUGAGCAGCACCGAGAAAACUCUGUUUGGCGCAAUGAACUGGCCUUGGUGGGCGCCCCGCCCUACCACGAUCCCGAAGCACUUUCCUUCUGGCUACUUCGUAUUCAUCUCCCAAAAAUGCAGGAGGCCGUCCUCCAUGAGCACCUCGUGGCGACCAGCACCCUCCGCCGCCUCCGCGAGCUGCUGGAUCGCUUCGAGCACACGCCGCCAAUUCACGGUCGCGGCAUCCGCCAAGCCGACAUAAUCCGUAGCACCUAUAGUGAAGCCGUCGAAAAGCUGGCUCGCGCUGGUGGCUUUCGUCGGCUUCGACCCAAAAUUCAGUGGUCGUUGCAAGAACGCUGUCUUUUCGAGGCCGCCCACCACAUCUCUGCCGCGCAGUCUCGCUUGCAUGAGCUGCCACCCGCACUGCUCCAAGAUGUUCUCAACGAAUACACGGCCUCGUUCAUGCUGAGCCAUACGCUCUUACGCACGCUGUGCCGCAUACCAGUUCUCAAACGUCUCAAGUUGUUUGGCAGCCAGGUUGAUGAAGCCUGGCUGACCACAUUGUCUGAUGCCAGGUUCUGCUCGACUCUGCGCGAGCUGCACUUUGUCAACUGCCAUCGUCUGUCUGGCGAAUACUUUGCAACAGCCGUCUCACAAUUUAGUGGGCUAACGUCCCUCUGCCUCGACCGUAGUCGAGCAUUAACAGACGAGGCUGUGGCACCCGCCAUCGCAGCCCUUCCCGCUCUCAAGUCGAUCAUGGUUGCUCGGUGCAAGCACUUGCAACACCUGGAUGUGAGUGGGGCUCGCCAUGUCAGUGAUGACGUGCUAGCCCUGAUGGUCGGUCCGACGGCAGCCUGUUAUCCCAACCUAUUAUCUUGCAAAGUCAGCGGUACAUCCAUCAGCCAGCAAAGUGCUGCAUUGCUGACCCAUCAUCGUCAAAUGCGCGUGCUGGCACUGUCGUUUGUGACCCGCAUUCGCGAUUGGUCUUUUCUCCAAGACUUUUCCCCGACCAUGCUCGAUCUUGACGUGUCCCUUAACGCAAGACUUCAAACUGAUCAACUCGCACCCGCGCUUGUGCGCCUGGAAAGGUUACAAUACCUCUCCCUCAUGCAGACGAGUGUCGAUGCAGCGAUCGCCCCAGCACUUUGCGCUUUGAAGGAACUGCGCGUAUUGAAUCUCGGAAAAACGGGAGUGGACGAUUUGCUGGCCGAAGCGCUGUCGGAAAAGCCUCACCUCGACGCGCUGCUUCUCCCUUACAACGAAAUUACUGACACCUUGGCACCCGCCAUUGCUGCUUUGCCUCGCCUACGAGUUCUCAAGUUGUGGGAGACCAGCCUCAACGCAACAGCUGCGCAGGCUGUCGUCAAAGCGACAGGCCUCGUCAUUGACGACCAGAUUCGAUGCAACCCAGGGACGUAUCUAUUCAAGUCAAUUGAACGGCUUGAUAAAGGUAGCAGCACGCUGCUCACCAGCGAAGUCGCAACGGGAGACAGCCGGUGGCACAAUGACUAAUGGACGAAAAUGGUUGAAAACAAGGAGAAAGGGCUGAUGCUCGCGCAAGCGCUUGGCGCGAAUUGAACGAGCGAUUCAUCUUGGCCCCUGCGUUCGCUGCCCGUGCAAGCGGGCGUUGGGUGGCAGUGCGCGACGCAUGGAAGCCCGACGCUACCCACACCCGUUGCACAGAAGAUACGCACUUUCCCAGGCCGGCGACAUUGCAGAAAGGGCCACACGAACAUACAGGACCGAUGACAGGACACGGGACAAGAGAGACGGCAGGAGAGGGCAGACGCAACAAAAAAGGAGGGAAAGCAGAGCUCAAAGGAAGACAAGCGAGCCGUAUAUUCAACAUUGCCCAAGCGUGGCUGAAGGAAGCAAAGGUCAGGGCAAUUGAAAAGCUGGCACAACAUGGCUGAGGGAGUGGUCAAGGCACGACACCACUAAACACGAAAGAAGCAAACGCAAAGCACACAAGAGACCAACUCGUGAAGUGCACCAAAUCAACCGAAAACAAACCCAAGGCGCAACAACGGCGCUCUGCCAAAGAAGCGUAAUGAAACACAAAACAUCAAGUUGAUACAAUCGAGGGCACGCCAAUGCCAAUUCCCACACGCCUCCAAACUCAAGCAAGACCGACGGGCCAAGCCACAAGGACCGUGAGAAGCCAAGGGAAAGGGGCAUAUUUCCAGUAAAGACGACAUGAGAGCUU